AGUAGAACACCGUUGAGAAAUCCCUUCCACACACACACACACUCCCACCACGCGAUGGUCAAGGCGGUCAAUUCAAUCAAGGCCGUCAAGAAGGCGGUCGCAGUGGCGCCGAAGAGAGCCGCCGCCCCUGAGGUCAAGAAAGCAAAGAAGGUGUCCGCAGCUGCAGUGCCCGAGAAGGCUCGCGAGGUGGUCAAAACGAAGAAGACAGCGACGACGCGUCUCCGCCGCGAGGAGGAGGAGGAAGAAGAGAGUUCGGAGGACGUGAUGGACCACAGCAGCGGCUUCGAUGAUGAGAGCGAAGAUGGCGGCGUCAACGACUUCGACGCCGGCUCAAAAGAGGAGGAGGAGGAAGACAUCGACUUCGACGACGUGAUGGAUGACGAGGACGGCGAGGACGAAGAGGACUUCGACGCGGAUAUCCAGGACGACGAUGACUUCGAGGUGAAGGCAGAGAAAUACCGCCGCCGCAUGCUGGCCCAGCGUCAACUGGCCGAUGCGGAGCAGAAGGAGGACAUCGCGACGCGCACCGCCAAGCCCACCCCGCUGCACGACCGCGAGAUGCAGCAGCAACAGCAGCGGGAGAGCGCACCGGGCGAGGACGGAGACGCAGGCGCGAUUCAGCUGCUGGGGCAGACGCACACCGCGGAGGAGCUGCGUGACCGCAUUCAGGAGACCGUUCGCGUCCUCUCGAACUUCAAGGAGGAGCGCGAGGAAGACCGCACGCGCACCGAGUACGUGGAGCUGCUCCGCUCCGAUCUGCUGGAGCUGUACGAGUACAACGAGUUCCUCAUGGACGCCAUUUUGCUGCUGUUCCCACCGGCAGAGGCGGUGGACUUUCUGGAGGCGAUGGAGAAGACGCGGCCCACCACGAUUCGCGUCAACACGCUCAAGGCGAAACGCCGCGACCUCGUCCAGGCCCUCGUGAAGCGCGGCAUGAACAUCGAGCCGCUGGAGAAGUGGUCGAAGGUGGGCCUGCAGGUCUUCGAGUCGAACGUGCCGAUUGCGGGCACGAUUGAGUACCUAGCUGGCCAGUACAUGCUGCAGGCCGCCGCGUCGUUCCUGCCGGUCAUGGCUCUCGCUCCGCAGGAGCACGAACGCGUGCUGGACAUGUCCGCCGCGCCUGGCGGUAAGACGACGUACAUUGCGCAGUUGAUGAAGAACACCGGCGUGCUCUUCGCGAACGAUGUCAGCGAGCCGCGCUGCAAAUCCCUCAACGCCAACCUGCAGCGCCUUGGCGUGACGAACUGCGUCGUCACGAACUACGACGGCACGAACUACGAGCGGGUCAUGCGCAAUUUUGAUCGCGUUUUACUCGAUGCACCGUGCACCGGCACCGGCAUCAUCUCCCGUGACAAGAGCAUCAAGACGAGUAAGCAGUACGAGGACAUUCAGCGUGCGUCACAGCUGCAGCGGGCGCUUAUCCUGAGCGCCAUCGACGCCUGCAAGGUGGGCGGCUACGUCAUCUACUCCACCUGCUCCUUCCUCAUUGAGGAGGACGAGGCCAUCGUUGACUUCGCGCUGAAGCGGCGGGACGUGCAGGUGGUGGAGAUGGGCCUGCCCUUUGGUCGCCCGGGCUUCACCAAGUACCGCCACCACCGCUACCACGAUAGUCUGGAGCUGUCCCGCCGGUACUUCCCACACGUGCACAACAUGGACGGCUUCUACGUGUGCAAGCUGAAGAAGAUGUCCAACGACGCCAGCAAGGCGUCGGAUGCGGCUGCGCAUGACGAAAUGACGCCCACAGCGGCCGCCCCCUCUUCGAAGCAUCGCGCCAACGGAGAGGCGGGUGAGAGCCAGUCUUCUUUGAAGCAUGCACGCGUGGAGAAGGAAAAGACUGCAGCUGCUGCGAAGGCAGCGAUGGACGCCGUGGACACUGCGAAGCGUAGUAAGAUUAGCGUUCCGCCGAGUGCCAAAGCCGCCCGCAACGAGCGCCGGGCUCCCAAGAGGCAGCCGAAACGCAAGUAA